AAAGACAUCAUACACGGUCAACACAGUCAUGUUAUCUGAUAAUUUGCUAUGUUAAUUUGCCAUGUUAACGAUCGUAGGGAACAGUGGGUCAGACCAGGGAGAGGCCAACCAAAUGACAUCAAGUCACCAAACGUUAUGUCAUAUCGCCUAGAGUCAUUCGCGUUCAUCGAAUCGUUUUGGAAUAACACCAACAGUCAUCACCUUCAAGUGGAGAUACCUGCAGCAGAGAUAUAUUGUUAUAGAUAUAAGUGUAAUCCUUUCUCGGAGUUCAUCAUCUUAAUAGAAUUUUGAUCACUAUCACGAUGAAACUUCUGCCGCUUUUGGCUUUUUCACUUAUCCAAUUUCAAGAUACCCUCGGGAUGACGAUAAUGAACAAACUUAAUAAUUCACGACCACAGCUUGGCGAAACGAUAACGCUUAGCUGUAACAUUGCGGAUGGAACCGCCAGAACUGUAACGUGGUGGAAAGACAAAUACCAGGGACCGAGAGCAGUAUAUCUGACGUACAAUUGCACGGUUGUUUCAGAGAAGUACAAACCAAGAUUAAAAAACGUUCAGUGUGACAGAAUUAAUUAUAAUUUUCGAUUGAAUAAUGUUCAAAUUUCGGACUACGGGAAUUGGGGGUGUGAGGCUGAUGGAAGAGUGGCCACCACCAGACUGAGAUUGAAUAUUUUAGUCCCACCCCUUACACCGACAGUCACUAAUCCAUCGCCUGUCAAUGCAGGAGACACGGCAAAAUUCACCUGCAAUGCCGAAAAUGUCGAUGUCACGAAACCAGUUACCUACACGUGGACUAAGAACGGCAAAAUCCUGUCACCAGGGACUUUUGAACCUGGUGCUCUUCUUAUUACACCCGUCACCGUGGGACAUGCUGGAAAAUAUGCCUGUGUCGCAAAAAAUGAUGCUGGAUCUAAGUCAAGCACUGAACAGGAUUUCGUUGUAAACUGUCCACCCUCUGCACCCAGCCAACUCGAGGUAGUCAACUCAACUGCUGUAGCAGUGACCCUUAAAUGGAUUUCAGAGUUCAAUGGUGGAUAUGAGCAGAGAUUUUAUGUCCAAUACAAGAUGUCUGUCGAAAACUGGGAUGUUGCUCCGGAGGUUCCUCUAGGAGGAAUAUCAGAUCCAGGUCUCAAGAAAGUCGCGUAUCAUAGGGUUAGGGAUCUCGAGUCGGAUGUUAGGUAUCAAUUUCGAGUGCGUAGUAAGAGUUCCCACCUCUGGACUCACACGAGUAACUUCAGCAACAUAGCAUCUAGGAGAACACCAGAAAAACCCAAAAUGUCCCUCAUAGUUGUGAGCCGGACAUACAACAAAGUUACGGUGCGCUGGAAACAAGUGACUGGAAAAUAUACUGGGCUUAAGAUCAGAUACUGCCAAAGUGACACAGAACACUGCGGGGAUUACACCGUGCCUAACCCAGAGAACAACAAUGCAGCCUUUUUCGUUGAUGCCAACAAAACAUAUUACUAUUAUAUGAUUGUUGAAGAUGGUGGCGAUGUCGUGUACAGGAGCACGGACUUCAAGAAUGAAAUCGAUGACAAGAGUAACGCGCAAGCUGUUGUCUCCAAGACGAACACAGGUUUUGCUCUUGUUGGCGGUCUGGUUGGAGGAUCUGUCAUUGUAGCUACAUUAGUCGUCACUGUGGCAGUUGUUUUAUGGAAACGUGGACUGGUGCGAUGGGGGCAGAGUCAUCGACCUGCAAAUGAUACCUUAGUUUACGAUGACACAAGAAUCGUCAGGAAUCAGCAACCUUUAAAUGACACUGUAGAUUACGAUGAUACGAGGGUUGAACUCACAAAAGCCGGCAAAGCCUCUGUACGUACAUACGAGAAUACUGAACAACCAACGGUCAUGGGACACCACGUUCAAAUACACGGAAUCCUUGGGAACGAGCCAGCGCACUCAGACGAUGACAUAGACGCAUACGACUACGUCGAUAGUCAUCAUACACGGCAGAAAGGUGCUUCAAGUGAAAACCCAGAUAAUCAAACGGAAUAUGCCCCGGCCUUCGAUCAGCUUAGGCAGAAUUUGUCAAGCGGGGAAAAAAGGCGGCAGGAAAGACAGGGGACUGAAGACACAUACAACAACUUAAUAAUCCCCGUACAAGAACAGCCUGGCCAAAGCAUAGUCGAAAGCGGUGCGAGCCAAACAAAUGGGGCCCAUAAGCGGACUCCAAGUCGCUUGAAUGACGAUAUGACUGACAACCAAGAGUCACUUUAUGCACAUUUAGGUCCAGUAGCACCAUUUAAACAUGGAGAGUAUCUGAACCUCAGACAGCCAAGUCAGGAAUAAUUGGGUAUCGGCAUCCCAAUAGGCGGCGCUAGUCUUCAUUAGCGUUUUCGUCAGAGUUACACCCACUCUAGUCAAGCCAUCAUCUGCUGGCUCCGUUAGCUGAUUGAGUUGCGUCCACACACAGACAUCUCUGUCACUACACCUUGCGGUGGUCGUCAGAGUAACAUGAUGUAUUGUUUUGUAAAAUUUUAAUCGAUUAGGCAGAUGGAUACCGUCAGAUGUGUCACGCCAGUUUUCAUCGGCACAAAAUACCUAAGUACACUUUGAGUCAUGCUAUUUUUUACCUGAUCAAGCCACAUUGAAAUGAGCGUCUCCCGUCGUCAGCAGAGGGAAUAAUGAGCGAGUGAAGGGUAGGCCAAGCUAUUUAUGCGCUCACCGUAGUGAAUAGAUGUAGUCACUGGUGUUCAACAUCCUCGGCAACAUUUAUCGUAUUGCUAGGAAGUAUUGGGAGAGAGAUGGGACAUUCAUUUGAGUUUACCGUGUGGAAUACAAAUAGUUCCCUCAUUCCCCCGAAAUACC